GUUACGUUGAAUCUGCACUAGAGGUGUUAACAACAUCUUAAUCGGUAUGCCCUAAAUUGAUGUGGAUUGAAUCUGUUAAAUAUUUUGGAAGCUUAGAAGUCUCAGUAAAAAUAUCUGAAUGUUUCAGUUUAAGCCUGAAGCUUGCAGCAUGUGGAAAUAUAAGCAGCCUGACUUUGCAUUAUUCCUGCUUGGUGAACUGCAGAAGCAGCAGCAGGGAAGCAUUUUUUGUGACACACUUCUGCAGACAGGAGGUGUCUGUGUUCCAGCACACAGCUGUGUGUUAGCCGCUUUAAGUCCCAUCUUCUCAAGAAUCCUGUCCACAUCCCCCGCUCCACCUGAGGGGAAGAACAGGCUUCUAAGCCUUGAGGCUGUUGGAUCUCAUGCUUUACUGAAGCUGGUUGGGUUCCUAUACACCGGGGAGAUGGAAAUAGAAAGUCGGAGCGAACACGAGGACGUAAUGGCUGCUGCCCACAAGCUUGGCCUUAAAAACCUAAUUGAGAAAAAGCGAGUGUGGGUGGAACGAGGAGUUGAAGAUGUUGGGAGAUGCUGGAAGGAGGCAGCCGUUCAGACCGAUGAGAGCGUGAAGGCCAAGGAAAGUGUGAGCGUGCUGCCUUCAGAGAGACAGAGGAGUACUUUUUAUAAUGCAAAUUAUAGCGAUGAUCCAGGGACUUCUAUGUUGGAGGCUGAUUUGUCAUUUGAUGAAUCAAGUUCAUCUAGAGGUUUUAACUGGAUCAGUCAUGUCACUGUUCCUCCCCUCGCUGACGUGACAGAAGUGUCAAACCAGUGUAAAACAAAUGCUAAGAAUAGGUGGAAAAUGAAAGAUGGACCAACUCAAAAUCCAACCUGGCAGCAAAGCCAGGUGAAGCUCCUAAAUGUUGAAAGAUCCAAAUUAAUCCAACCUGAAGUGAUGGAAAGAAGAAGAAAUGUGUCAGGCAAAGAUUUCCGGAAGCUCUUAGAGGCUGUGAGUUUGCCCAAAAUUGCCACAAGUGAACAAAAAUUAGACAAGUUAAAAGUAAAGAUCAAACUGAGAAGGAGAGGAGCCUGCUGGGAGAGCAACCUCAUCGUGUCUGUCCAGGGAGAGAGCGAAUCAGAUGAAGUAAAAGAAUGUGGACCUCCAACUCCGACCUGCCCGUCCAUUGUACUUCCUGCUCAAAGUCUUGUAACUCUCACCCCACCGACCGAUCUGCCCAUUUCACCCUCUGACUGUUCCUCAAACGUGUCUUCAGAGAAACGCUGUCCUCCAAAUCGCAGUUCUGUGCCUUCUGCUCUGGAUCUACCAGCGUUGUCUUCAAGUCCUCCCCAAGCAGAUGAAUCCGAUGAACAAAUCGCGAUACUCUUGGAGGAUAUGUUCAUGAUGGGAUUAAACAUUCUGCCCUUGAUGCCAUUAGAUAAAAAUCUGGAAGAACAAGAGCUCAACCAGCUUGAUCCUCUUCAGGAAGACAAAGUUGUGCCCGAGACCUCUGCUCAAGGUUCUUGUCCUUAUGUGCCUGGCUGUGAGGAAGAAGUCAGGGAAUCUGGUUUUACAGAGACAGUAACACCAAUCAGGUCUCCACAACAGAGUUAUGAAGAGCUCGAGAAAUCGGGGUUUCACAAUCAGUUGAGAACUGAAACAGAUCAUCCUCCGGCUCAGUUAGCCAGACAAGAACUUCAUGCUUCACUUUUCAACAUGAACAAAGACACAAGUCUGUAUACAAUGGAAAUGGACUCUCUCGCCCCACUUGUAGAAGACCUGUUGUUAACCACAAAAACAACAGCUGGCCCAGACGGCACUGUCUCUGAAACAGGUGACAUGUCAGACUUUAAAAUGUCCUCCAUCCCUGAAGACGGGAUGGAUUUCAGACUGCGGAAAUGUCUUUCCCCGCUUAAAACAGAUGAAAAGGAUGUUCCUACAAAUGAGCCAUCAGAACAGUCACAAGAGGAGCUCUCCAAGACACACAAGCAGGAGCCAAAUGCAAAAACAUCUCCCCUGUUUCUUUCUGAAUCAUCUUCGAAAUUGGACUUUCCUCUUGGUUCAGUGAUCGAUUCUUCUGGUCCACAUCCGUGUCUUGACCCUAAAGGUUCCCAAGAUCAGUCAAACCCUGAAAAACAGGAACUGAAGACACACCGUGAUAUAACAACUGAAAAUGGCUCAAGUGUGGAUCAAGCAAAUAUCAUUGGUGAGCUCCCAAAGCAGAGAAUGACCAGAAGACAUCUAGCUUCUCAAAGGCUGAAAGAAUCUCAGGAGUCUCGGGCUCAGACGAGGCUAUUUAAGUCUAAAUCUGAUGAUAACAUCAAAGAGCCCACGUGUGGAAAUGUUCACUUGAAGACCCCUAAAUCGCGUGGAGUCCGCACACAAAUGUCCACGCCUUUAAAAGCAAACAGAAAAACAGUUGCAGGAGAAAAGAGAAAACAAGAGAAUUGUUUACCCCGCACUAAGAAAAUGUGUCUGAACACAGCUAGUAAACAACACGAACAUGAAGCUGAUUUACCUAAAGUGCAGGUCACUGUAGGAACCGUAAAACGAGGUCGUGGCAGACCUCCCAAAUCCCAAAUAUGUGCUGAAAAAAGAAAGCAAAAAUGUGACAAUGCAAAGAAAAUACGCCGGGCUGAGCUUGAACAAGAUGCCAAAAAAGAACCAACCCCACGGGAGGAAGACUCAACAGAAAUGAGUGAGGCAGAUGUUAACGGCAAUUUUGUACAGACAAGGCAGAACGUUCAUGUGAAGUAUUCUGGCCAAGCAAAGAGACCGAGUAUCAUUGAUAAAAUCUUUCAUCAGACUGGUAAUGCUUGUAGAAGUUCAUUUGGUCGGCAGCUAACAGCAAACCCGCAAGACACAACUUGUUCACCACAGAGGCUCCAAGGAGCCGUGGAGAAAAGCGGAGAGUGUGGUAAUUUAGUGAACGACAGUGAAUAUAUCAGUAAGAGUGUUUGUGGAGAGAACGAAGCAGUGAUGUCUGUGGUGGAAAAUAAGGAUGAAAUGGAUGCAGCGGAUAACCAGGUGAGGUUACAGAUGUCACACAGAAGCACGUCACAUAUUGUGCAUCGUACAGUUGAAAAGAGAGAAAGACCUAAGGAGAACUCGGAUAGAGAAGCUACUGUUCUUCAGUGUGAUUUCCAAAAUGUGAUGGAAAUUUCUGUCGCCCCUUUGACAUCUGAGAACUUAACAAAGGAUGUUACGGAUGUUGAUUGUGACAUAUCGCACACAGAGACGGGCAGCAGAGCUAAUAACAAACCAGUAGUGAUGGAGAGAAUCGACAUGACAAGGAAUAUGCAAGAGAGGCACACCAGUGUCUGUAUAAAUCCUGAAGCUGAAAAUGUUGAAAACAAAAAAGACGCUGCAGUUUCUAAUAAGCAAGAAUUUCUUGAGAAGAAUGAGGAGGAGGAUUUAGGGAGAUGCAAAGUGGUCCAGCUAACAAAAGAAACUAUUGAGAAUGAAGAAACUGAAAUUCAGAUGACAAAUGAUGAAGCAGUUCAGGAAAUUGCUCAAUGUGCUUCUGAUGUUGGAAUUAAGAAAAGGGAUGAUUUUGAUUUGGACGGUCGCCGGCACAGUUCUGACACCCUUUUGGAAGAAGACAAGUUGAGUACAGGAUAUACUGCAGGUGGUAGGAUGACCGAUGAUUCUUCAAAUGCAGCCAUGGCACUGAGAGGCACCCAAGUAAUAGUUAAAAAUGGCCCAAAUGUCCAAACUGGUGAUGUAUCUCACCAGUCAACAGUCACUGAAGACCAUUCAACAUUGCAGAUCGCUGUGUCCAGCUCAGAUGAAGAAAUGAUUGAAGUGGAUGUUAUUGAGCACUCUCUGUUCAGUAACCCUCCGUUAUUGCUGUUGGCAGCUGCACAGACCAUCUCUCUGCCCAUUGUGGAUCUACAGGAUCAAGAUGGCGAGAUGGAUGUUACUGAAGAGGAAGAGGUAGAUGUCACGGGAGAGGACACUGACAAAGAGGACCUUUAACACAGUCGAAAUUUAACCACUUUC